AUGACGCUGGCGAAGAAAAAGAAGGAGGCGGCGCGGCAGCGGCGAGAGCAGCUAAAGCAGCGGGAGAAGGCGGUGCAGACGCGCCUGCGCGCGGCGGCGGCGGCGGAGCCGGUGGAGUACGUCCUCCCCGCGGACGAGGCCGAGACGGAUGCCGCGCCGCUCUCGUCCACCGCCGAGGGUGCGCCCGGCGGCCCCGACGCGCAGGACGACGAUCGUGUGCGACUGCCGUCCGUGACGGUCAACGAGGCGCCGCGGGCGGCGGCGCGGGGGUCCCGGCGGCGGCAGAAGAUUCCGUGGGAGACGCUGAAGCUCCUCGUCGCCGCGCGGCAGGGGCCAGAGGCGAGCGCGCUCGUCACGGAGCACGACGGCAACGCCGAGGACCCGUACUUCACGGUGCUGCUCAAGGCGGUGCGCCGCAGCGUGCCCGUGCCGCGGCACUGGAGCCAGCUGCGCGCCUUCCUGGCGAACCAGGCGGACCGCGAGCGUGCGACGGACAUCGUCCCGCCCGAAAUCGCCGCCCUCGGCGUGGAGCGCAUUCGUGCGACGCGGGACAAGAAGGCAAACCCCGAUCAAGUGGCCUUCGUGACCUGCUUUAUUUCCGGGACGCCUCUGCGGCGGAAGCAAUUUCAUGUGAACCUCAGCCGCUUUGGGGACAUCUUCUACGAGGGGAAGUGGCUGCCGAAGACGCACCAUGAGCCGGGGCAUCUCUCGCAACGCCUUCGGGCGGCAUUAGGCAUGGGGCCACACUCGCCUCCGCCGUGGCUGUACGGCAUGCAGGCGAUGCGUCGUCUGCCGCCGGCGUACCCCACACUGAAGGUGCCCGGCCUCAACGCGCCCAUCCCGCCCGGUGCUCAGUGGGGCAACGGCGAGGGACAGUGGGGGCAGCCGCCGCGGAACGAGAACAACACCUUCCUCUUCCCCGGCGUCAUGGAGGAGGUGGCCGCGGAGGAGGCGCCGUCGGUGUACUGGGGCACGGUUCCGCCGUUGCUCACCAGCGCGGCGGCGCUGCCGCAGGGCGCUGUGGUGCCUCCUCCGCCGGCAACACUGUCGCCGCCGCCGCCAACUGCAACAACAGCCGCCACCACCGCUGCUGCGACAAAGCCGGCCAUUACCCCCGUGCCGUUCCACUCACAGGCCUACACCCCUGCCGCCGCGGCGCGGUAUGUGGCGUCAACGCCGCAGGAGUACGUCCGCGUGCAGGACAACACGGCGGGGGCAACGGUGGCUCUGGGGUCAAUUUUGGUGCCCAAAGCGGCAGCCGCGCCGGCGCCUGCGCCGCCGCUGCCUGCGGCCCCGUCGCAAGAGCAGCCCGAGAAGCGCCCGCAGCCCCCGCGCCCCACCACAAAGUUCUAA